UGAUGAAUGCGUCGGGCCAGUGGACCUGCCUCUAGACACCGCGCACCGACACACACUCACACGCUCCCACAUUUUCGCUUGAUUGGAGCUGUUAAUUGGCUAUUUAUGGAUAAAAUACCCAGUGCUAGGAUGUGGUGGAGGGGAGGAGUGGAAUACUGCCAAGUGUGCAAGUGAAACGAAGUGAUGGGACCAGUCAGGCUCACAUGUUUUUUACCGAGGAGUAAUGAGGACUCUGCAUCGCGUAUCCUAAGAUGGCGAGACCGGUCGGCCCCGGACUAGCCAGGAUAAUGGCGCUCUGGUGAAACAGGCCGUGCAGCAAAAUGCGAAUAUUGUGGGGCUGGAGCUUGGCGGCCCUGCUGUGGGCUGUGGCGGGGAACGUAGGCCCACAGUACCACAGCCCUGAUGACUGUCAGGUCACCUCGCUGGCGGGCACCGACCUCGUCGCCCUCCUCUGUCGACUACGAACCAUCAACAGUGAACUGGACCCCACCAACUUCAGCAUGAUCCCCACCAGGAACACCGUCAAGCUCAGGAUUGAGUGUAGUGACGUCCUCUUCUUCCAAAGUGCGCUACAGAACAAGAGUUUUGUGAGGCUGCGAGAGUUGCAGGAGCUCGAUAUAGAGUACUGCAAGAUCGGUGAGGUCCCGCGGGAGGCGUUCAUAGGCCUCGCCAACCUCAGGAACCUCACGCUGAGGACCUACAACACCGACUGGUCCGCCAUGACCCUCAAGAUCGCCAACGACGCCUUCAGAGAGCAGAGGAACCUGGAAAGGCUGGACCUGGGGGACAACAACAUCUGGACGCUGCCCCCGGCACUCCUCUGCCACCUGGAAAAUCUCAGGCUCCUCAAUCUGUCCAGAAACAAACUACAAGACGUGACAGUUCUCAGUUUCAGUCAAGUGGAGCAUAUAUGUGCGCCGGGGCUACGGUCCCUCGACGUGUCCUUCAACCACUUAGUGAGUGUUCCGGCAUUUGCAUUUGCAGCGCUCAAAAACUUGCAAAUACUCAACAUGAGUCUGAAUGGCAUUAGCAAACUGGAGGACAAGGCUCUCUUUGGUAUGUACUCCCUGGAAGUGUUGGACCUGUCGGGGAACUUGUUGACUGCGCUACCACCUGAACUCUUCCAGGAGAACAAGAGACUCACCAAGUUGUGUAUCAGGAACAACUCGGUGAGUGUCUUGGCCCCGGGGCUCUUCACGGGCCUCAGCCUCCUGCUGGAGCUGGAGCUCACAGACAACCAGCUCACCAACACCUGGGUCAAUUCAGAGACCUUCACCGAUCUGUUGAGACUCGCCAGCCUCGAUCUGUCUAACAACAGAAUCACCAGACUCGAUGCUGCCACGUUUCGUGACCUGACCAACCUGCGAGUGUUAAAAUUACAGCAGAAUAUGAUAGAAACAAUUUCAGAUAACACGUUCAGUGGACUGUUUAGAUUACACACGUUAGUGCUGUCUGAUAACAGAGUCAAAGUGAUCAGUGAUAAGACUCUGGCGGGUCUAAUCGGCCUGCAGGUGUUAAAGUUGGAUAACAAUGAAGUGUUCAGCGUGGAUAGCCACGCCCUCACUAACUCCACAGAGCUGCAGGAGUUGGAGCUGAGUCACAACUACCUACAGGACGUGCCCAAGUUGGUGCAGAGUUUGGCCUCGCUCAGAACCCUCGACCUGAGCGGUAAUCAUGUAAGUGUUAUCAGCAACAGUUCCUUUACCGACCUGCACCACCUCAGUGCCCUAAAACUGGCCGCUAACGUGGUGGAGAAUAUUACUAAGAGUGUUUUCAAAAACCUGCCAGCCCUCCAAGUCCUGGAUCUGGGCAGCAAUAAAAUUCACACGAUAGAGAACGGUGCUUUUGACAAUAACAAACACCUGGAGGCCAUCAGGCUAGACAAUAAUGUGUUGACAAACGUUCAUGGUCUGUUUUCUGAUUUACCAAACCUUCAGUGGCUCAACUUGUCCAAAAAUCACCUGGAGUUGUUUGACUACGCCUUUAUCCCCAGGGGACUCAAGUACCUAGACCUCCGCUCAAAUUUUAUCAAUGAACUUGGAAAUUAUUUUGAGAUAGAGAGUCAACUAAACCUGAUGAUAAUUGAUGCCAGUUUUAACAAGUUAUCAGACAUUAGUGCCAGUUCAGUGCCAGAUAGUGUGGAGAUCCUCUUCCUGAACAACAACCUCAUCUCCAGGGUACAGCCAUACGCCUUCUUCAAAAAGAAAAAUCUCACCCGUGUCGAUCUCUUCGCUAACAAGAUCAAGAAUAUUGAUCAGAACGCCCUGAGGCUGUCCUUAAUGGAUCCCUCACGUGACCUUCCCGAGUUCUACCUGGGUGGGAACCCGUUCGAGUGUGACUGCACGAUGGAGUGGCUGCAGACCAUCAACAGCCUGGAGGAGACCAGACAACACCCCACAGUGAUCGACCUGGACAGCAUCAACUGUAGACUCAUGAACAACAACGCCGUGAUCCCCCUGCUGGAGGCACAGAAACUGCAGUUCCUCUGUGAGUACGAGUCGCACUGCUUUGCUCUCUGUCACUGCUGCGACUUCGACGCCUGUGAUUGUGAGAUGACCUGUCCCACCAACUGUACUUGUUUCCACGACGAGUCUUGGGCGGCCAAUAUCGUCGACUGCUCGCUGGCUGGCUAUGACGCUGUGCCCGACAGGAUACCAAUGGAUUCUUCUGAAGUGUACCUGGACGGUAAUGACCUGGACUCCCUCUCCAGCCACACGUUCAUCGGCAGAAAAAAUCUCAAAGUGCUCUACCUGAACGACAGCAAAGUGGAGGUUAUUCACAAUAGAACGUUCAACGGUCUGAAACUGCUUGAAACCCUCCACUUGGAACGUAAUUAUAUCAAGGAACUCAAAGGUUACGAGUUUGAGCAUCUUACCCUUUUACGUGAAUUGUAUUUACAUAGUAAUGAGUUGUUUUACAUACAGAACGCAACAUUCUUAACCCUUGUCUCGCUGAGGGUGCUGAGGUUAGAUGAUAAUCGUCUCAAAACAUUCCCAGCCAACAUGUUCCUGAAGAACCAUAACCUCCACUCCCUCCACCUGAGCGACAACCCCUGGCGCUGUGACUGUGACGAGCUGGAGGACAUCCAGACAUGGCUGCAGGGCCCCGGCAGGAUGCUCAAGGACGCUGACAAGAUCUUCUGCUCUCUUAACAGGUCAGUCGAGGUGAUGGCACAAGUGUCUACCUUCAACCUCUCCUCUUGCAACAACGAGACGGAGACGACCACCAUAAGACACGAGGCCUACCUGGACUACGUCUUCCUGCCCACCAUCACCCUCGGAGCCUUCGCCGUCCUCCUCACCAUCACCCUCAUCAUCUUCUGCAACAGGAACCGCAUGAGGGUGUGGGUCUACGCCAAGUACGGGGUCAGGCUCUUCUACAGGAGCGAGUACGAGGGAGAUACAGAUAAAGCCUUCGACGCCUUCGUCAGUUACAGCUCCAAAGACGAAGUGUUCGUGACACAGAUUCUGGCGCCAGAGCUGGAGCGCGGCAGCCCCGCCUACAAGCUUUGUCUCCACUACCGAGACUUCCCCGUCGGCGCCUACAUCACCGACACCAUCCUCAGCGCUGUGGAGACCAGCAAGCGCACCAUAUUAAUAUUAUCAGAAAACUUUAUCAAAUCAGAAUGGUGUCGCUUCGAGUUCCGCUCAGCGCACCAUGAGGUACUCAAGGACCGGCGGCGGCGACUUAUUGUCAUCCUGCUGGGCGAUGUCCCCCAGAGAGACCUGGACCCGGACAUCCGACUCUACCUUAAGACAAACACGUACCUCAAGUGGGGCGACACUCACUUCUGGGAAAAAUUAAAAUUCGCCAUGCCCGAUGCUCAGCCUCCCACGAGGAACCACCAGCUGCACGCCCUGGCGGCCCAGCAGCAGCCGGGGCCCAGACCCGUCCCCCUCCACAUGUAGCAGACACACACACACACACACACACACAAGUAACUCCGCCAGCCAGUACAAGUGUCACCUGCAGCAGCACGCCCUACAUCAUCCUCCGCUGACACCAGAGACAGGCUGCAGCGCCCCACCGUGAUGGCCGCCAGAUAUCAACAGCACCAUCAACAAGAGCCAAGCGCCUCAACCCUCAACUGAUACCACAUUUCUCCUUGACAAGUAAAAUAUGGGACAAUGUAUAUUCUACACUUGAUGCUCUGGGUAGCUCAAGUAAUGCAGCUUCAUGCAGCUGACCAAGACGUGGGCCGCUGGGGCAGAGGACGGCCACAACAGCUGCAGGACCUGUGUGUUGUCCCCUGACCCCAGCCAGGCCAAGCAGGCGAGCAGCGACACCCGUCUGGACAAGGCGGGAUAAGAUCUGUCCCCAACACCACCACCUCCCUCCUGGGACACUCCACACCCUCCCUCCUCCUCCCUCCCUCCCUCCUGCUACCUCGUGUACUAUCACCCUGGGUCACUCCACACCCCUCCUACACCCUCGAGUGAGGAUCAGGGGAGGUGGGGGCUGACCACCUCCUGCCCAGUGUGAGACAGGUAUGACCCCCCCUCCUCGUCAGUCCAGGAUACGAUGCUGACCACAUCCUACCUAACCCAGUGUGGGAGAGGGUUAACCACACCCUACUGCCUAAGCCCAGGAUAGGAUGGUGACCACAUCCUACCCAGUCAGCCCGCCCUGGUGCAUGGGGCUGACCCACAGAUGAACCACCAUAACCAGCGCUGACCGCCGCCUACCCCCGCCAGGUGUUCAGUGUUUACCUACAAUAUGUGACAGGACAAUUUGCAUAUAUUCCUGAUUUUUUAAAUUUGUUAUCCUAUGUAGAAAAUUACUUUGUUGUGCUGUGAACAAAUUAAAAAUUAUAUUAUGUAAUUUAAAAAAAACGAACGAGAAUUGAUCAUGAAAAUUUAAUAAAGAAUAAUAAUAAUCCUUUCUGCUGUAGUGUUGAAAAAUUCAUAUAACAAUUUUGGAUGGAAACUUAUCAUAAAACUUUGGAAAUAAUUGUGUACUUGAUGAAAUAAAUUAAUGAACUUUAUGUAUUAUUAUUAAUACAAGUUUUUCAAUGACAAGAAAAAUUAUGAAUAUUUCUAAAUAUAUUUAUAUCGGUACUUGAUAAGACUGUGAAUAUAGUUUAAAAAAUUAUGGAAUAGAAACAAUACCACGAAAGAUGUCAAAUUAUUUUUAACGUGACUUAAUAGUGAAGAUUAAAUGUGGUAAUUAUCGGUCAAAUUUUGUUAAUGAAUGUGUAGUGUUGAUAAUACUGGACGAUAAUUAUAUAUACAAAUUAUCUUAAUAAUUACAAGAGAAUGAACGAGGAAAAUAUUUGAAUAAUAAUGUAAUGAGAAUUAAAUAAUAAAUGUAAAGAAAACUGGAGGGCAGAAUAUAGUGAGUGUUGUGACGACCAGAUCUAUUACCCACCAAUAAUUAAAGUGAAUAAGAAAAAAUUAAAAGACGAAAAACUUAAGAAAAUUGUAUUAAUAAUAAUACCUGAUUUUGUUUAAUCUAUUUACUGAAGAAAAGGAUGAAAAUUACCGCAAUGAUGAUUUUAAAUAUUUACAAAAGAAAAUCUUUACUUGAAAUAAUAAAUAAUUCCAUAAUUUUGUUGUUGAGUAAUAUUGAUAAUAAUUAUUCUUUUAUAACAGCGAGUUGUUGAUAAGAAAACUAGUUGAAAGUCUUGUAGAUAGAGCUGAAUACUGACACCCCCAGACGCGACGGUGUUGGGACGCUGCUGUAAGUGCUGUAUCAAUGCUGAAAGGGCUGUAAGUGCUGUAUCAGUGCUGUAACAGUUGUAUCAGUGCUGGAAGGACUGUAACCGUGCUGUUAUAUAGAGCUGUGACGGUGUUGUUACAGACCGGCCAUUAACCGUACUGGAAACCCCUCGCAAUGAGUGACGACGACAGUGGCAUUUACAGUGAUAUAAAUAAAUAGUAAAACAAUAAACAAACAAACUACAGUGAUAAUAGUGAACUUUAUAAUAAAAUAGAACUCAUUAGUGGGAGAGUGAGAGGUAGAGAGAGCACCUCCCCUCACACUAUAUAACUCUCCCUCGCCUGUAUAUUACCACAUCCAUCUUUGCUUCUGUACAUUGUGUAUGUGGGCUUAAACCAUUUGUCUGUAUAUAGUUAUUAUUAUUAUUAUUAUUAUUACUAUCAUUAUUAUUUACCUGCAUUACAAUAUUAUCUAAAACUGCCCUGGUUUUUGUUAAGCUUUUUUCCUUUGUUAUUGC